AUGGAUGGUGUUGUACAAAACCACAUGAUAGAUCCUAGCAACUGGCUCAGGCCCUCAUUAUUGGCUUUGUUUCCAUUGCAGAACCAACUAUUUCCACUAUCCCUCCUGUCUGUCAAGAUUCUGAAAGCCAGUAUCAUCACCACUUAUACACGAUAUUCCACAUCUGAUUGCUAUGUGACUUUGCAUCUGCCAACAGCAUCACGGGAAAUAUUCAAAACCCAGACUGUCAGGAAUUCUUACUACCCAGUCUGGAAUGAAACAUUUUAUUUCAGGAUCCAAACCAAAAUCAAGAAUAUCAUACAGUUGGAAGUUUGCAAAAUGGAUCCAGACACCAAUUGUGAUAUCCAAUUAAUUGUUCUUUUUGAUUUGUCAAAACUCCAGUCCGGAAGUCCAGUCCUUGAGAAAUUCUCCUUAAAACCGAAGACACAAGAACAACCUGAUCAUUAUGAUUUUCUAGAAGUGGAAUUCAAGCUGUCAGAUAUGCCAGGUCCUCCCGAGCAACUGAUUUCCAAUGGUGUCCUAGUGGCCUGUGGACUUUCCAUUUUGGAUGUAAAAGUGAGCAAGGAGGAUAAUGAGAAGGUAUUGAAAGCCAAAAAAUUUUUGGUCUUUUCAGUCGAGCAAUCUUAUGAAGGAACACAGAAGACAAGCAAAAAUUUAGAUUCCUUCCGCUUUCAUUGCAUAAAAAGCUUUGGGCCAGUACUAAAAGCUAAAAUUCAGAACAUUUUACCUAACAAGGACAGUGAAUCUGAUUAUUCGUUAAUUCUGCCUUUGAAACUACUUCCAGUUGGCCAUCAGGUUAAACUUGAACUAUCAACGGGGAAGGGUGGUACCUUGGAGCUGUAUCUCCAGGUAAUUGACGGGUCACAGAAUCUUGACGUGCGUUUGGGUUAUGAACUUUGCCCUGAUGAGCAGGAUUUUCUGCGCAAGAGGAAAAAAGUGGUUGCAGAUGCUCUGUAUAAGCUUUUUAAUCUAGGAGAGGAGUUACAAGAGGAUGAGGUCCCUGUGAUUGCUCUUUUGGCAACUGGAGGUGGUAUCAGAGCUAUGAUAUCCUUGUAUGCUCAUCUCUCAGCCUUCCAGAAACUGAACCUUUUGGAUUGCAUUACAUAUAUCACUAGUGCUUCUGGAUCAACAUGGACACUUACACAUUUGAAUCGUCAUAUGGACUGGUCACAUCAAAGUUUUGAAGACCACAUCCAUAAUAUAAAAAGACAGUUGCUGAAGAACAAAAACGACGUUAUUUCUAAUGAAAGGUUGAAGAAGUAUCACAAGGAGCUAUCCAAGAGGAUUGAAGCUGGUCAUCUUUCAUCUUUUACAGCACUCUGGGCCCUUGUUCAGGAAACUUUUUUCUACGAUGGAAUAAAUCGCACUAAGCUCUCUGACCAGCAACAGGCUUUGGAUCAGGGGCAGAACCCGUUUCCUAUUUACACAGCCAUAAACGUGAAAGAAGAAAACAUCAAAACUUUUGACUUUAGAGAAUGGGUGGAGUUCAAUCCUUAUGAAGUGGGUUUACUAAAAUACGGUGCACAGAUUCGCUCAGAGGAUUUUGAUAGCGAAUUCUUCAUGGGAAAAAUGGUGAAGAAGAACCCAGAGUCCCGGAUUUGCUAUAUGGAAGGUAUCUGGACUAACAUUUUCAGUCCAAAUCUCCUGGAUUGUUUGUAUUGGACCACAUCAACAGAAGAAUUCUGGAAACGAUGGGUGAAAGACAUGUCAAUAAAGCAUGAGAAUUAUUCUUCAAGUGGUUAUUCUGCCACAGUCUACAAGCCUCCAAGCCAUCCCUGUGGAAAUCUUUGUGAAAUCUUCAAUGACAUUUUAACUGAUCGUCCUUUAAGAGGGGAAAAUUAUAACUUCCUACAAGGCUUUGAUUUUGAUAAAGAUUAUCUGCAUCAGAAAGAAUUCAUGACAUGGAGUGAUACUGAAUUUGACACUUCUUCUAACAAGUUGACACCAAACACAAAGUCCCUCUGUUUAAUAGAUGUUGGAUUUUUUAUGAACAACAGUGGUAUAUCACUUCUCAAGCCAGAAAGGAAUGUGGAUAUAAUUAUUUUUCUGGAUUAUGAGAUGAGUGGAAUCUUAAAGCAAAUGGAGAUGACAGCUGAAUACUGUGAAAUCCAAGGCAUUCCCUUUCCAAAGUUUCAUGUGAGUGAAAAAGACCGAAAGGAUAUGAAGGAGUGCUAUGUUUUCUCAGAUGAAGAUAACCCCAAAGCACCAAUAGUGCUUUGUUUUCCUCUGAUCUGUGGCACCUUCAAAGAAUACUCAGCACCAGGGGUCAAACGUACUCCUUCAGAAAUGCAGGACGGUAACGUCAAUCUGAAAAAAGACAUCUCACCCUACCAAACCCUUGAAGUAACCUACACUGAAGAAAACCUUAACAAACUAAUAAAUUUAUGCAGUUACAAUAUUCUUUAUAGCAAAGACUUAAUCUUCCAAGCCAUUCAAAGUGCUAUGCAGAAAAAGCGACAGGAUGGGUCCAGAAAUGAUAAACAAUGA